AUGGAUGGCCAUCAUGGACAAAAAGGGGCCCUGAUAGUCAUAAGUUUUUUCUUUUUACAUCUUGUUCAUGCUCAGGAUCAACAAGGAUUCAUUAGUUUGGAUUGUGGGUUACCCCCGAAGAAGUCUCCAUAUACGGAACCAACGACCAAAUUAAAUUAUACAUCUGACGCUGAUUUCAUCCAAACUGGAAAACGUGGUACAAUCGCUACUGAAUGGGUUUAUACAUAUAAACAGUAUAACGCUUUGAGAUAUUUUCCAGAUGGAACACGGAACUGCUAUAAUCUAGGUGUUAUGCAGGGCAUCAAUUAUCUAAUUAGAGCUGGAUUUGGAUAUGGAAAUUAUGAUGGCCGUAAUAUAUAUCCAAGAUUUGAUGUUUAUGUCGGGACUAAUUAUUGGAGUACCGUGCAUGAGAAUGAUUUCAAUGAUUUCAGUGAUCAACCACAGAUUGAGAUAAUUCACACAUCGAAGUCAAACUCCUUGCAGAUUUGCCUUGUCAAGACAGGAACAACAACACCUUUCAUAUCAACCUUGGAACUACGGCCUUUACAGAAAGAUGCAUAUUCUACGGAUCCAGGGUCCUUGAAACUUGUAUAUCGGCACUACUAUAGGCCCGACAUAAUGAUGAUGGCACGAACUACUACGGAUUUACGGUACCCUGAUGAUGUCUACGAUCGUCAAUGGUCUAGUAACUACUACUAUCCUGGAGAGUUAGAAAUAAACACCACCCUUACUGUGAAUUCUUCUAAUCCCUUUCGACUACCUCAAGUUAUAGCUAGGUCCGGUGCAAAGUCCAAAAAUGCCCGUGAAACAUUUCGAUUUGGUGGCGGGUCUUCAGGUAAUCCCAGUGACAAUAUUGUGAUUUAUCUUCACUUUGCUGAGAUCGAGAACCUUCAGGCCAACGAUAUCAGAGAAUUUGACAUUUCAUGGAAUGGAAACAUCACAAAUUCAGCGUAUAGUCCUAAGAAGUUACAGAUAGAAACCGUAUUCAACACCUCACCAAAUAAAUGUGAUGGUCUAUCGUGCGACAUGGAGUUGGUGAGGACAAGGAGGUCAACUCUUCCACCAUUGCUUAACGCUUAUGAGGUUUACACGGUUAUGGAGUUCCCAGUUUCAGAAACGUUUUUGGACGAUGUUGUUGCUAUCAAGAAUAUCGAAGCUGCAUAUCGACUGAACAUAAUAAGUUCAUGGGAUUCUAUAGAAUGCAGCUAUUCUAAUAAAUCUACUCCAAGAAUAAUUUCCUUAGACUUAUCAGACCACAAGCUUAAAGGGACCAUAGAGCCCGUCUUACAAAACUUAACCCAGCUUGAAAAACUGGACUUGUCAAGUAACAGUUUAUCUGGAGAAAUACCUGACUUUUUGGCCAACAUGAAAUCUUUGUCGACCAUAAACUUAAGUUGGAACAAAUUGAAAGGAGUGAUUCCUCAAUCCCUUCGCGACAAACAAAACAAUGGGCUUAAGUUAAAUAUUGAAGGAAAUGGGAAUCUUUGUCAUGCUGAUAAGUGCAAAAGUAGCAAUACGAAAUUUCUUGUACCAGUUGUUGCAUCAGUAGCUGCAACGCUCCUUAUUGUAGUUGUGCUACUGCUUUCUUUUGUUUACAAAAAGAAAAAGACGUCAAAAGUUCGUAACAGAUCGCCGAUUACUAAAUCAACAAUUUUAACCAAAAAGAGAAGGUUUACGUAUUCGGAAGUCGAAGCAGUGACGAAUAACUUUGAAAGAGUAAUAGGGGAGGGAGGGUUUGGAAUCGUUUAUCAUGGUCUUUUGAAUGAUAAUGAACAAGUAGCUGUUAAAGUUCUCUCUCGUUCAUCAACUCAAGGCUAUAAGCAAUUUAAGGCAGAGGUUGAGCUGCUUUUGAGAGUUCACCAUACAAAUUUGGUAAAUCUUGUUGGAUAUUGUAAUGAAGAAGACCACUUGGCCCUUGUUUAUGAGUAUGCAGCUAAUGGGGACUUAAAACAACAUCUUUCAGGAGCGUCUAGUUCCACUGUAUUAAAUUGGGUGAGCAGGCUUGGAAUCGCUAUGGAGACUGCACAAGGAUUAGAGUACUUACACAUUGGUUGUGAACCUCCAAUGAUACACAGAGAUGUUAAAACAACAAAUAUACUGUUGGACGAGCAUCUCCAUGCAAAACUUGCUGAUUUUGGACUUUCGAGAUCUUUUCCUAUUGGAGUUGAAUCUCACGUGUCGACAAAUGUUGCUGGCACUCCUGGAUAUCUUGAUCCUGAGUACUAUCGAACAAAUUGGUUGACCGAGAAAAGUGAUGUAUAUAGCUUGGGGAUUGUCUUGUUAGAAAUUAUUACAAACCAACCAGUGAUUCAACAAGUCCGUGAAAAGCCUCAUAUAGCAGAAUGGGUUGGGUUGAUGCUUACUAAGGGAGAUAUCAAUAGCAUUAUGGAUCCAAACUUGAAGGGGGACUAUGACUCAAGUUCUGUUUGGAAGGCUCUUGAGCUAGCUAUGUCAUGUGUGAACCCCUCUUCAGGUGGAAGACCAAACAUGUCUCAAGUUAUAAGUGAACUUAAAGAAUGUCUCAUUUAUGAGAACUCAAGGAAAGAAGGAAGAUCAGACAUAGACUCAAAAAGUUCCAUUGAACGGAGCACCAGUUUCACCGCUGAUGUGACCCCUGAUGCACGCUAACCUCUAAUAAGAAUUACAUCUUUCAUGUAACUAUUUCAUGUCUCAAAAUUUUGAGAGAAAUAAAAAUUCAAAGAUCAAGACAAUGUAAUACGUUUAAACA